AUGUCUUUCGAUCCCAGCGAUGGCUUUGUGGCCGCGGCACCCGCUGGAGAUGGCUCAGGCGUGGACGAGCUGCCCAUCUUCAACGUGGAACGCGCGCAGAUGGCAUUCUCCGUGACGGCAGAGUUUGUGGCCGCGCAAAUAGCGAACAAUGUCAUGAUUCUGGCUUUGUCGAACGGACGCAUCCUGCGAAUCGACCUGAAGCGGCCCGAGGACAUUGAUGAUAUCGAUCUCCCGAAACGAGCAUCCGAGAUUGGCGUUAUUCGACGCAUGUUCCUCGACCCCACUGCCUCCCAUUUGCUGGUUUGCACUGCCCUCGGCGAAAACUACUAUCUUCACACUCAAUCUAGACAGCCUCGACCGCUGAGCCAGCUUCGCGGCGUUACAAUCGAGAGCGUAGCGUGGAACCCGUCUCAUCCCACUGCGUCGACGCGAGAAAUCAUUCUUGGUGCCUCUGACGGCAAUAUCUACGAAGCGUUUAUUGAAACAGCCAAUGAGUUUUACAAACGAGAGGUCAAGCAUUUAAAGAACCUGCAUAAGCUGCCUGAUGGCCCUAUUACGGGGCUGUGGGUUGAUGAUUUGAAUGGCAGUCCUGAUAGUCGGAGAGUCAUCAUUGGCACACAGAGUAGGCUGUUUCAUUUGGUGGGCAAGAUUGGACGAAGUCACGAUGGCAGUGGCUCGGUUUAUACGAGAUUAUUCGAAUCCGAACAACCUGUGAUUCAUGAGAUUUCCAGAAGCUCAUCGCCUGGUCAUUCUGCCGUGGUAGUUUCGCCAGACUGCGAAAAGCCGGGACGUGGGGAGGAUAUACCAGACAGAGCCUAUGCGUGGUUAUCCGCGCAGGGCGUCUUCCAUGGCAAGCUGCUGAACAACCCCAGAGAUAGCAGUCUUGGCUCGAAAAUAUUUGCAGAUUCCAAGACGCUGUCGAAAGCGCAAAUCAUUGCGCCGGAAUCUACGGGCCGUGUAAAGCCGACUACAGAGACAGUUGACUCACUACUUCUCACUGAGUGGCAUAUGCUCAGUCUUGUAGGGAACCGUGUGAUUGCGACUAAUCGUCUUACCGGCAAUAUGGUGUCUGAACAUGACGUCCUUGCAACCGGUCAGAAGGCUAUUGCGUUUACAAUGGAUAUGCAAGAGCGGACUUUUUGGCUUAUUACGUCGGAUGAGAUUUAUGAAAUUGUGGCACGGGACGAAGAGAGACAUAUCUGGCAAAUAAUGAUGAAGAAUAGGCAAUUUGAUUCGGCUUUACAGUAUGCCCGCACUCAAACUCAGAAGGAGACUGUGGCAGCGGCCUACGGAGACUAUCUGGCGAAAAAAGGUCAUUGGACUGAGGCGGCUGUUUUAUAUGGGCGAAGCAACAAACCUUUUGAGGAUAUUGCGCUUAGCAUUAUCGACAAUAAUCAACCGGAUGCCUUGAGACAGUUUUUGCUGACGAAGCUGGCCAAUACGAAGCAAUCAGCGACUAUGCAAAGAAUGAUUGUGGCUAGUUGGCUAGUGGAGGUUUUCAUGGCAAAGCUCAACUCGCUUGACGACACCAUCAUUACGCAAGCCGAGCUGUCAGAAACGUUGAAUCCAGCAGAGUCGAAAAUGAUGCUCGAGUCGGUCAGGAAGGAAUAUCGCGACUUUGUCAACAGGUACAAGUCCGACCUUGAUCGAAAAACAGUCUAUGACAUUAUUAGCAGCCAUGGAAGAGAAGGAGAGCUUCUAUACUAUGCCAAUGUGAUUGGCGACUACAACUACGUCUUGUCGUACUGGGUGCAGAGAGAGCGCUGGGCAGAGGUCCUGGAUGUGCUGAAGAGGCAGACCGACGUCGAGGUGUUUUACCGAUACAGCAGCGUUCUCAUGACGCAUGUUCCGCAAGAAAUGGUUGAGAUCUUGAUGAGACAAUCCGAGUUGACGCCUCGCAAUCUUAUCCCAGCACUGCUCGAGUACAAUCGCAAUUUUUCAGGAGACCCGAACUCUCAGAAUCAGGCAGUUCGGUAUCUCAACUAUGUCAUUUUUCAACUGAAUUCCAAGGAUGCGGCGAUUCACAACACGCUGGUUUCGAUCUACGCUUCGCACGCGUCGAAAGACGAAUCAGGGCUGCUGUCUUAUCUACAAGCCCAGGGAGAUGAGCCACGAUAUGAUCCAGAUUUUGCGCUACGACUAUGCAUUCAGCAUCACCGAACGCUCUCUUGCGUCCACAUCUAUACGAGCAUGGGCCAGUACCUCCAAGCUGUUGACCUAGCAUUGUCGCACAAUGAGGUUGAACUUGCGGCAGUCAUUGCAGACAGACCAAUGUCCAAUCCACAACUUCGAAAGAGGCUGUGGUUGGCGGUGGCGCGCAAAGUUAUUGCGAAAUCGGACGGCAUCAAAGCAGCCAUUGAGUUUCUGAAGAGAUGCGAUCUUCUCAAGAUUGAAGACUUGAUACCCUUCUUUCCCGACUUUGUCGUGAUUGACGAUUUCAAAGAGGAAAUUUGCCAAGCGUUGGAAGACUACUCUCGAAACAUUGACAAUUUGAAGAAGGAAAUGGACGAAUCAUCACAAACGGCAAGUAAUAUCAAAAUGGACAUUGCAGCAUUAGACCACCGAUACGCCAUUGUCGAGCCCGGAGAGAAGUGCUACGUUUGCGGCCUGCCCUUGCUCAGCAGGCAGUUUUUCGUGUUCCCAUGCCAGCACUCCUUUCACUCGGAUUGCAUGGGCAAAAAGGUCCUCGAGUACUCUGGGUACGGAAACUCGAUGAAAAUCCGACAGCUCCAGACACAGAUUCACAAAGGGAUGGUGAGCGGAGCGCAGAGGGAAGCGGUGGUUGCUGAGCUGGAUGCGUUGGUAGCUUCGGCAUGUAUUCUAUGCAGCGACUUUGCAAUCAAGAGAAUAGACGAGCCGUUUAUAACUACGGAUGAUAAACCUGAGGAAUGGGCCGUUUGA